AUGAGUGUCAGCGCUCCGAGAGGCCUGGCCAGCUCGGGGCAGAAGCUCAUCACGGAGAUCCUCCACCCGCUGUCCGCCGCGGAGGAGCCGGACGUCAGCAGCAGCCAUGUGAACGUGACAUCACCAUGGCAUUUUGUGUUUUUCCAGCAAGAACCGGGGCUGAGCAAUGGCACACCGGUUGAGAUGUCGAAUCCUGCCCCUGUGUCACAGCUGCUCAACAGGCUGCAGCUGGAUGGCGACCUGGAAGCAGACCCUCAAGACCCCAUAGAAACCCGCGACCUUUUUGUCACUGUUGACGAUCCAAAGAAGCACGUGUCCACCAUGGAGACCUAUAUUACCUACAGAGUCUCCACCAAGACAACACGAAUAGAGUUUAACUUGCCGGAUUACUGUGUUCGUCGGCGCUACCAGGACUUCGACUGGUUGAGGACGAAGCUGGAAGACAGCCAACCCACCCACAUCAUCCCUCCACUGCCUGAGAAGUUUGUGAUGAAGGGCGUGGUGGAUCGUUUUUCAGAAGACUUCGUGGAGACGAGGAUGAAGGCUCUGGACAAGUUCCUGAAGCGGGUUGCGGACCACCCUGUCCUAUCCUUUAACCCACAUUUCCAUGAUUUCCUGACUGCCAAGGACCUGAACAAGCGUCAUGGUCUGGCCCUGCUGACCAAAGUGGGCGAAUCUGUGAGGCACGUAGCCGGGGGCUACAAGCUGCGGCCGCGGCCAGCUGAGUUCUGUGCCAUGGGAGAGUACUUGGAGACUUUCAGCCAAAAAUUGGGAACCCUCGAUCGCAUCGCUCAGAGGAUCCUCAAAGAGCAGUCAGAGUACCUAACAGAGCUCCGGGAGUACGGAGCCGUUUACUCCAGCUGGGCGGGGUCAGAGGAGCAGCUGCAGCGCCCCCUGGAGGGCGUGGCUGGCAGCAUCACGACAUGCUGUGGCGCUAUGGAGGACAUAAGUGAGAACAUGAGCCAGGACUUCCUGCCUAUUCUUAGAGAAUAUGUUCUUUACAUCGAGUCCAUGAAGAACGUUUUGAGGAAGCGAGAUCAGAGUCAAGCAGAGUUUGAGGGCCGGCUUGAAGCAGCCGUAUUGCACAAACAAGAAGAUCAAACCCCCAUUCCAGUAGAAGUAGAGAGAUGCCAGGACAAACUGGAGUGUUUCAACGCUGACCUCAAGGCAGACUGGGAGCGCUGGCAGAGGAACAAGAGACAAGACUUCAAACAGCUGCUCACUAGCAUGGCUGACAAAAAUAUCAACUAUUAUGAAAAGUGCCAGGCAGCUUGGGAGUCUCUCAUAACGGUCCUCCAGGACAAACAGACUGAGGACAAAGGGAGUGAGACGAACUGAAACACGUUGCUUGCAUUUCAGCCCAUCCGCUCACCGUCUCGGUACGACACUUUCACGCCAAGGAAAAAGACCAAGCAGGCGGCAGGUUUUAACUGCUGGACUCUCUCCUGCUCUCCUGCGAGGUGCUCGUACGGAGAGGAGUCGUCGCUCGUGCAGAUUUCGCUGCAGGAGGUAACAAGUGGUGUGUUUAAAGACAGCUGGGAAAGAAAAGAAUCUUAUGUACAGAUCUUUGUUUUUGUUCUUUUUUUUUUUCUAUGAAAUUUUUCUACUUCAAAUUUCCAAUUAACAAGUUUUGUUAAUUUGACCACAGUCUUGGAGAGAAGCACUUUGAGUCUUCUCUGUUUUCACACCGAGUUCAAUGAUUCGCUGCAGAAAUCUGCCUUUUUUUUUUUUUUUUUUAAACGUCUAUAGAAGUGGAUCAGCAUUUUACAAACGGUUGAAAAACUUUCAAGAAUUAUUAAAAAAACCGGCAAGGAGACGAGUUAAUUGUUAAAAGCAGAGUUCAAAUAUGGAGUUAAGUGUUAGUUUGUU